GCCCGCUGCUCUCCAGAGGGCUCUCUUUGCUGCACAGCCUGUGGGGUGCUGCAAAGCCGGGAGCCCCUAGUCCCUUGGCACCUGGCUGCCCUACAGCACUUGCCUGUGGGGGAGAAUGGGGCCUCCUGAGUUGUUAGUGGGGUCGGCACUUGGCUUGGACUGGGGUUCGUGGCUCCCGGAGGUGGCUGGUUGGGCAAGGCGCAGUUCCUUGGAGGGGGAGGUCUUGGCUGGGCCCUGUAAUGUUCUGCAGGGUCAGGAGCCAGGGUGCCUGAGAGCGAGGAGCUGCCUUGCUAUCAGCUGGUUGGACCCUGAUGUCUGACAAACUUGGGCCAUCUGUUCAGGAUCCUUCCCCUAUGCUCCAGGGGCUAGUGGAGCAGCUCCCCAGCACAGAGUCACAGUGACUGCAGGCCUGGGGCAUCUCAGUCCGUCGGGCCCUGUUAAGGACCCAGCAUACCAAACCCCUGCUUGGCUGCCCCUCUCUCGGGCUGCCCCCUGCUCCCCCAAGAUUCCCAGAUCAGUGGGGCUCUACUUCAGGUUAAUCAGAUGCUGCCCGUUGGCAUUCAGGCCCCAGGGAGUGGGUUUCCCCAGCCCCUGGCCUUGGAUUGCUGAGCUAGGCAGGUUGGAAUGAGGAGGGACUGAGGUCUCCUGAGCUUGACCAGCAGGAUGGGCCUGGGCCCUGGCUCAGUGCUUUGGCUCUGCCUGUGGUGUUGGCAGGGAUGGGACAGGCUGCUCAGCUGGGCCAGCUUUUCUGCAGGUGCCAGGUCAGUGGCUCCUUUCACCAGAGGGAUUUAAGAAAAUCGGGGGUUUGUGACUGGCCAGCACUUGGUCCUGACCCAAGUGUCCCUUUGACGGUCCUGGGACUGAGCCAUGGGUCGGAUUGGGCUCUCCUGGACCCCCAAAACUGAGUUCGAGACACAUCUCAGACUUCAAGUGGGGGCAUGUGCGGGAUGCUUCCCCCAGGUCCCUGUCCCCUCAUUUGGCUUUAGCUUCAGCCUCUUUCCUAUUCCUUGGGCCUCCCACUCCCCAGACAUACUUGUGUUACUGCAGCAGACUGAGGAAGAAGGAGCUCCCAGAAGGUGUGGGGGGAUUGGGGCCACAUCUGUUCAUUUCUCCAUUGUCUCUAGCUCCUGCAGCCCCAGAGGAGCAGUGUUCCUGCUCACCUGGCCCUGCCCUUCUCACUCCCAGCAGGCAGGGCCCUGCCAGGAAAUGCCACCUGUGCAGCACAUUCGGCAUUUCGAGUGCAGGCCAGGAAUCGAUCGGGGGCCAUGGGUGGAGUCAGUCUUGCUGCUCCAGGCUCAUGUCAUUUCAUGUGCCUGUCUUAAACAUACACCAAGGCAAACAGGUCUUGCAGCAGCUGCUGGCGUAUCUCGCCUCCAUGCCAGGCCCAGCUCCCCAGUAUUAUCACUGGCCAGGCCCCAGUUUGCCUGGCAAGGAGAGAGCAGUGGCCCCGUAGCGCCCUGCAGGUGGGGGAACAGGAGCUCUGGCCCCUGUCUAGGGAGAGGGUGCCACAGGCUGGGCAGUGUCUGGUGCUUGGGCAGGGGGAUCAGCCCUCCACAGACUUCUACUUGUGCCAGUUUCCCAGUUUCUCCAGACAUUGCUGGAUUCUGCGAAGGUGGGAGCAGGGCAGUGACUCCAGGGCCUUGGGCACAGUUACCAGCAUGCCAGUGGCCAGGCACGGGUCCUGGGGAGGGUUUGGUUUGUGGAGCACAUGAUAGGAAUGCAUGGGGACUCCAAAGCCUGGACGACACUCAGGGAGAGCUGUGGGGCGGGGGGUUGGAGCAGGGGGAGGCAGUGAGAGAGGGGGUGGUGGAAGGGGGCGGCCCCAGAUUCAGGUGGCCGUUUUUACAUUGCAUCAUGUUUUGGAAGUCCCGGGCUACAGCGGAUCAGUUUCCUUUGGACAGAUGUCAAAGGGGGUGGCUCCUUCCGUGCCCUGAGUCCCCUGGCCCCUCAAGGCAGCUAGCAGGAGCCAGGGCAUCUGUGUCCCACUGCUCCUGGGAGAGUCCCCAGUCCCCUAUGUGUGCUGAGCAGGAGUCAUGGGGGGCAGCCCCCAAGGAGUUUGCCUGGCCUGUACUGUCCCAGCAGAGCCUGUGGGCAGAAGGGAAGCUGUCCUGGCUGUCGUCAGCAGACCUGGUGAGGGGAUGGAGCUGCCGGGCUGAGAUCCAGAGGGCAGGUGCCUGUGCCCUCCCUGCUGACCUUGGGACUGGGCUCCUAGUCACGGUGCUUUAAGCUUCUGUCAAAGCUCAACUUCUGUUUCCACUUUAAUUAACUUGAGCAGGAGGAACAUGGAAAAACCAGGUCCAGAGCCUGGCGCGCCUGUGCUGCCAACAAAGGCGGCAUUGAUGCUUGCGUGGCCCCCUGCCAUAAAGGUGCCCUGUGUCUGCACUUGCCACCCACCCGCCUGAUCUCUUAGGAAGCAGCAGAGCGAGGCAGCAGGAAUUGUUAUUCCUUGUGUACGGGUGCAAGGCUGGCCAGAGGGGCUGUGUUGGAUGGGGGGGCUAUGCCCUGUGGCACACAAGUUCUCUCUUGGCCAGGGCAUUGGCUGGCAGGAGCUGUGCUGGGGCGCUGAGCACUCCCUCCUGUCUCUUGUCACAAGUUCCCUGGGCCGUGAAUUGAGACCCAACUACCGGGGCCCAGCUGAGCCGCGGGGUGUGGGGGUGGUUAGCACCUGGAGGUCACCAGGCCUUGGGCCCCCCCUUGUGCAGGGGCUGGCCCCAGAAGUGCUAUGCUGGCGUGGAAUCCCCAGCGGAAACGAGCCCCCACGCGAACGAGGCGUGUGCCCUGAGCUGGGGGCACAAAGGCAGGCUGGGUGGGCUGCCGGGGAGGAGUUGGGUCUGCCACCCCCCUUGGAUAAAGGUUUUAAUCAAAAGGUGGUGCUGAUCUCCGGCCCUGCAUGGCCCAUAGCUGCAGCAGGAGGUGCAGACACCGGUGGCUUUGUCUGUGUCACUCCAAGUCCAUGUGGGGGUCUGCCCAGCACCGUGCUAGCAGGCAGCUUCCUCUGGGUGGGCCCACUGGGCGCAGGAGGGAGAGGGGUCCCACGUUGUCUCAUCAGCCAGUGAUCUGUGUCCUCACUGGAGAAUCUGGGUGCUGGGGGUGGCUUGUGUCUCACUAACACCCCAGCAUGCCGCAUGGGCACCGUGCCCCCGCCAGGCCAGCUGCUGAAAUGCUGGCUCAGCCCCCUCCCUGUAUCCAGCAAGUGGCUUAAUGAGGGAGCAGUAAAUCCCUAGUAAGCCAAAAAGUCUCACCCCUGCCCUGUCCCUGCCGGGCCCUUCUGCUCCCUGGAAGGGGCAGGGGAGACACGUCCUUCCCUUCUGGGGGCUGGCACGUGGGGCGUUUGGUUUGCCCCCAACUCUCUCUGUGCAGAGCCCCCGGCUGUUUGCUGGCAAAGGGUCCUGCUGUCCCUGCUUGCUCUUGGGGGCUGGGAGGUGAGUGAAUUUCUGCUCUUGUGCCCGCAGCCCUGGGCGCUGCCAGGGCUGCUCUGCCCUCCCCCGACACUCCAUGUCCAUCCUGACCCAGAUACAGGCUGUCUCUGGUGCUGAUAAGCCGGGCCAGGGCAUUCUGGGGGAGUCUGGCAGCUGGGCUGCACAGCGCGUCCAGCCGGCACGAUUAGCAGCUGCCAGCUCCCCAGCCCUGCGCUGGCUCCAGGGCGUGGGGGGGACGCUCUGCAUGGCCUUGCUGGUGCUGUGGUGCCUGGCUCCGGUCGUCUCUCCUACAUGAGUAAUCCUGCUGCCCUGGGCAGCACCAGCAGCGUUCAUGGGGCUGCUGUCUGUGCGUGGCACCAGUGCCCACCAGCCAGUCUGGGCUCUGUACUAGGAGCUUGGCAUGGCCUUGCUGCCGUGUAUGUGGCUAGCAAAGGGAGCCAUGAGGAUGGAUAGGGGCUCCAUCUCUGGGUGGGAGCAUGGGGGCUCUCAGUGGUUGUGUUGUUUUGAGGGGCUCUGUGGCAGGGUGAUGGGGGAGUGAGGGGGAGGCUCCGUGGCAGGGCUGUGGGGCUUGCUCAGGCCAGGAUGGGUCCAUUGUGCCACCAGCCCUGGUGCCAGAAGGCGCCCCCCCAGUGUCCACUCAUGCCUCUCCUGUGGGUUCC